AUGGAUCAUCAUGAAAUCACCACUGUUCAAGUCAAAGGUAAGACCACAGCGUCUUCAACCAGUUCAAAUGGUAAGAAUGAUGAUAACAAGAAGAUGUACAGAGGUGUGAGAAAGAGGAAGUGGGGAAAAUGGGUGUCUGAAAUAAGGCUACCAAAUAGCCGUGAAAGAAUAUGGUUAGGAUCGUAUGAUUCACCAGAGAAAGCAGCAAGAGCUUUCGACGCUGCACUUUACUGUCUUCGCGGUCGUCAUGCAAGUUUUAACUUCCCUGAUACACCUUUUCAUUUGGAUAUCACUUCAGUUUCUAACGAUCCACAACAGAUUCGAGAGAUUGCUGCUAACUUUGCGAACAAAACACCGCCAAUUGUAAUUGAUGGUAAUAAUAAUAAUAAUAGUAAUAAUAAUGGAAAUGAUAAUACAGAUCAAUCCAAAACUACGACUGAAAUUAUUGGCUCUUCGUCUUCAACUACUACUACUAUGGGUGGUAAUGGUGGGAACACCAUAGAUUGGACAUUUUUGGAUGUGUUGGGUGGUUCAAGUAAUGAUGCUAAUAUUGUAGGGUCUGAAAAUGAUGGUGGUUUCUAUUCUGAUCUAGAAAAGAUGAAUUCGGGUGAGUUAUUCGGUUUACCACAGCAACUACCACUAUUUGAGGAUAAUAUUCAGAAUGAACAAGUUACUAAAGUUGAAGGUGAAGAUGAUGUUUAUGAUGACCCUUUUUCUCAUCAAUCAUUCCUUUGGAACUGGGACUUUUGA